AUGUCCGUUGCCCCCGUUGACAAGAAGAUCGGUUAUGUUCGCCUCGGCAAGUCUGGCCUGAAGGUCUCUCGUCUUAUUCUGGGCUGCAUGUCCUACGGCUCGUCGUCCCACGAGUCAUGGAUCCUUGACGAGGCCGAGUCCAUCUCGCAUAUCCGUUAUGCCUACGAGCAGGGCAUCAAUACCUUUGACACGGCUAAUGUUUACUCGAACGGCAUGAGCGAGAUUGUCCUUGGCAAGGCCAUCAAGGAGAUUGGCAUGCCCCGUGAGAGCAUCGUUGUCCUUACCAAGGUCUACUUCCCCGUCUCGGGCCCCGGCAAGCCCAAGGCCGGUCCUGGCGACCUCAACACCCCGGACAUGGUCAACAACCACGGUCUGUCGCGCAAGCACAUUUUCGCUUCGAUCAAGGCCUCGCUCGAGCGCAUGCAGCUCGACUAUGUCGACGUCCUCCAGUGCCACCGUUUCGACUAUGACACGCCCAUCGAGGAGACGAUGCACGCGCUGCACGAUGUCGUCCAGGCCGGUCUGGCGAGGUACAUUGGCAUGAGCUCUUGCUUUGCGUACCAGUUCCAGCAGAUGCAGAACUACGCCAUCACCAACAAGCUCACGCCGUUCAUUUCCAUGCAAAACUUCCACAACGGUGUCUACCGCGAGGAGGAGCGCGAAAUGGUCCCCACGCUCAAGAUGUACGGCGCCGGCAUGAUCCCCUGGUCGCCGCUCUCGCGCGGCUUCCUCGCCCGCCCCGUCGGCGCCGAGAAGACGGUCCGCGAGAAGACCGACGGCGCAUACACCAACCGCAACCCGGAGCUUAUGGCCGACGACUCGCGCGUCGCCAUCAACAAGCGUAUCGAGGAGAUUGCAAAGGAGAGGGGCAUCACCAUGGCCCAGGUGGCCAUUGCGUGGUCGCUGUCCAACGACUUUGUCACUGCGCCCAUUGUGGGCACGACCAAGCUUGCCAGCCUCAAGGAGCUUAUCGAUGCAACCCACAUCGAGCUCACCCCGGAGGAGAAGAAGUCCAUUGACGAGCCGUACCUUCCCCGCCCCAUCAUCGGCCACUCGUAA